CCAGCCCCGCCGCUUCCGCCGCCGCUCCGCCGCCCUGCCGGAGGACGGUCCCGCGCCCUCCGCUGUGAAGAGCAUGGCCGUGACUCUAGAGCAGGCCCGGCGGGUGGGCUAUACCUGCCUGAAAGCACUCCUCAGGUUCGCUUUUAUGGUCGCCAAUAACCUGGUCGCUAUUCCGUCGUACGUCUUGUAUUUAAUUAUGCUGCAGCCUCUCCGAAUGCUGGAUAGUAAAAGCUUCUGGUAUAUCGAAGGAGUGUUAUUUAAGUGGCUUUUAGCUAUGGUGGCUUCCUGGGGCUGGUGGGCAGGAUACACAGUAGUGGAAUGGGGUGAUGAUGUUAAAGCAGUAUCAGAAGAUGAAGCCAUGGUGCUGGUGAACCAUCAAGCAACGGGUGACGUCUGCACUCUGAUGAUGUGCCUUCAGGAUAAAGGCACGGUUGUCCGUCAGAUGAUGUGGCUGAUGGAUCAUAUUUUUAAGUAUACAAACUUUGGCAUUGUGUCUCUAAUCCAUGGAGACUUCUUUAUAAGACAGGGAAGAACACACCGUGACCAGCAGCUUGUGUUACUCAAGGAUCAUCUAGAAAAAUAUUACAGGAGCCGCAAUCGGAAAUGGAUUGUUUUAUUUCCAGAGGGUGGCUUUCUUAGGAAAAGGAGAGAAACAAGCCAGGCAUUUGCCAAGAAAAACAAUUUGCCAUUUCUUAAACAUGUCACCCUGCCAAGACUUGGGGCAACACAAGUAAUUCUGAAAACACUUCUAGCACCACAAGAAAAUGGAACUCCAGCCGGUGGAGAUGCUGUGAUAAAAGAGAGCAAAGCAAAAGGCCUCCAGUGGGUGAUAGAUACAACUAUCGCGUAUCCCAAAGGCGAACCUAUAGACAUCCAAACUUGGAUUCUUGGCUAUCGACAACCAACAGUCACACAUGUACAUUACAGGAUUUUUCCAGUUAAAGAUGUACCUGCAGAGCCUGAAGCUCUCACAAACUGGCUCUAUCAACGAUUCAUUGAAAAGGAGGACCUCUUGACACAUUUCUAUGAAACAGGAGCUUUUCCCCCACCGAAGGGUCAAACAAAAGCUAUUUCUCGGGAGAUGACCCUCAGUAACCUGUGGCUAGUUGGCAUACAAUCACUUGCAUUUUUGUCAGGCGGUAUGUGGUACUGCAUCUUUCAGUAUUUGUACCAUUGCCUAUUUUAAAAGUGGAAUGGGACCUGAGGACACAAUGGGAAUCCAGGCUCUUGCAAAUGAGUAUCAUGUUGUAUGUGCAAAUGUGAAUAUUCAAGAGUAAAGGAAAAUACUGGACGGACUUUUACCUCUCUUUGGGGGAAUUUUAAACUCCACUAAAAGUGAAGAUCAGUAACAUAGUGACCUGAUGAUGUAUUAUUUUAAGAAUUGUCUGUAUUUUUAAAAAUGUAUACUCUCACCCACACUUAAGCAAAUUCAGCAUUUGGACAAAAGGUGCAAUCGUACAACCACCGUAGAAGAAUGUCUGUGACAAGAAAGCUUUGUCACCACAAGUAUUUCUUGGCAUGUAGUUAGAGCUCAGAAAAUUCAGCAACUUGUCUCUUCAGUAGUGUGUACAACAUUGGUGUGGUAGAGAUUCCUCAUUUGCACAACUUGUACUUUAUUGCAACUCAUUGUGCUGGAGUCAAAGAUACUCGACAGAGCUAGUGGCGGUAUCUUUUUGGCUACACAGUCAGCAGUUGUUGUACUGGACACAUUGAUCUAAACCCAAGACCCAAAUAAGAUCUCGUGUCAGGUCUGUUUUGUGAGGAAUUGGUCCUCAAAAAUGCAUUGCAGCAUUGUAGUGUGAUUAAAAGCUAUCCAUAUGUGAUGAAUCAACCCAUCCCUGCUGUGGUCUUACCAUCAGCUCUCCCAGUUCCGUGUGCUACCAGUGUCUCGUAUUGUGAGGAAACUUGGAAAAUAUAAAGUCACUUGGUUAAUUUUCCCUCUUUGUUCAGAAUGCUUCUCAGUGAUCGUCAGUUUUGAAAAUGCACUUUUAAAGGUAAAAAUACAGUGAAGGAAAGACAUUAAACUUAGGGAAUAGAAGAAAGCUUUAUUUGUCACACUUUGGAAGCCAGAGCGAUUCUAGCUGUUGCUGAAGGUCUGCUGGUGCUGCUGGGGAUUUUUAGCCACCUUUGUAUUUUGUAUACUGCAGUCCAACCAAGGUGACCUUUGAGUGGUUUAUAGAGGCCUUUUUCUCCCUGCUAAUUGCAACAGCGCUAAAUAUACUUGUGGGAGAGUUUUUAAAUAAUUCAAUGCCAACCAUCUUAAUGUUUUGCUAAGGAGUAAUAGAAGAAAAACUAGUUUCUUAAAAAGAAAAUAUAGGUAUAAUUGCUAUCAUAAAUCUAUAGGAAGAUACUAGUGAAAAAAAAGGUAUGGUAAUUAUUCUGAAUAACUACAUGGAGGGCAGUAUUAAUUAGCUCACCACUGUGCUAAAAUCUUACUGAAAGAAGAUGAGUUGAACUGAAGGGCAAAUGGGAACAGAAGACACUUUCAGAUGUGUAGCACAGGAUACUUUUGAAAGGAUGUCUGUGAUGUACAGCCUUACUUCUGGCAGGUCUGGUUGGCAUUGUGUUUAUGUGAUUAUACAGAGAUUUGAGAGAACUGUUCCUAAAAUAAAACUAAUCUGUCUAAAUACAAGCAGGGUAGCCAGAACUUCAGAUGUUGGCAUACUGCCUUUUACAGAGUAAUUUUGUUGAGAACAAAGUAAGCCCUCAGUAGUUUUGGCUCUGAGCAUGCAAUAUUGAUUCCCCUUCUCACUCCCUCUGCUGCUACAUGAAUCACAGUAGGUGGUGUGCAGCAUACAAAACCUAGCCAGUGUUCCCUUUCUGUGGGGGAGCAAAGAGCAUACCAAAACACGAGGCAAUGCCAAUUUCCCUGGCUUUGUGGAAAAAUACCUUGUCAAAUAUGCCACCCCUGUCCUCACAAAUGUAGCAGUGUAGCUGCACCAGUGCAGCCUGGAGGCAAAAGAUACUAGUUGCCAAUAGCUUCAUUGUUUAAGACAAGAUACUGUUUCUAAAUACCAUCUCUUUACACCUGAAUUCUGGUGUAAUGUAAAAUCCAUUAAAAAGGUAGGUAUGCCCUGACAGGGAGGCAGUCUGAGGAGUAUUUGUUUUUUUGUGUUGCUCUUACUAAAGUCCAGCUGAUGGAAUGAAUGUAUUUGAUCUGCUAUUUUACGGAGGGUGUUGGGGCAGCCCAGCACCAUUACCCUGUAAGUGGUUAUUUCUUCUGCGCGUGGGACUGAAUCUUUAAAACUGCAAAACACAGGUGGCAAGCUGCUUACUACUGUCCUCUACCAGGUAGUUUGAUCAGAACCACAGAUGGCCAUAGUACAGCUCGUUUUAUUUUGAGCUAGGACAGACUGGAGUGAUAUAAAAAGGGAAGUUUAUAUAAGCAGAUUGCACAGCAGUUACUCACAUCAGGAGAUUGUUCUUUACAGACGCUGUGAACUCCUUGUAAGAGCAUCUUGUUUUUUCAAAAGCAGUAUUUUUAUUUUUUUCCCAGUGGGUUGAGGUCAAUAGCGAGUGUUCACGUGCUGCCUAAAGGAAUUAAUAAUGCGCAAUAACGUUUCAGAUAAGCAUUUGAUUUAUCUGGUCCUGUUCAUUUUCAGUUUGUUCCUCUGUAGUUCUUACUUUGUUUUCAAGCACUGAUUGUUGUUUCAGUAGGGUGAGUAAAUAGUAUUAAGGUCCUAGGCUUCUUUCCUGCCUGCACUGGAAAAUGUGAAGAGCGCCUGACUUGUGUCUCCUUAUGGCUGAGUUGCUGUAGAUGACAGUGGAACAAAACCGUUGUUAAGCAACUCCAAAGUACCCUCCCAGCGUGAUCUUGGAUUCUGCUUCAUGAAAGAGAAUAAAUUGGAUAGAAGUUUUGCUAUGAAGGGAAAAACAUAAAGUGGAUACAAUGUCUAGGAAAUUCUGUGCUAUAAAUACCGUGCUGGUCCAGACUGUGUGGAGCUUAGCAGGCUACUUUGUAAAACGUGAAAUCCUGUCGGUUGCAGUUUGGUUCUACCUUCUGGCAGUUGGCUGGUGUUAUGGAUGUGGUGGCCAUUUUGCUGCACCAUCCAUGGGGCUUUCUCCUCUGGAGAGUUCAAAAUGUGUUUGAUGGAAAUUAUGUUAAUGAACCAUACAGUUGAUCACAAAUGAAUAUAACUUUGAAUUUAUAUUAAGGGGAAAAAUAAUAGAAAAAUGUAUAAAAUGAUCAAGAACGAAAAAUUCACAGAAAAAAGUGCUAACUGAAAGCCGUUGCACACAUAAGUCAGAACAGAGCAAUUUGAGUGUAUCGCAAAUAAAGGUGAUUCUCUGCCAGGGUUGCACACAAAACAUCUCUACAUUUCUACAUUUAAUUGUUCAUAAACAAGUUGUUAAAAUUGAAAUUAUGUAAGUCCUCAUGUUUUAGCUUUGCUGCUCUUUGAAUUCUCAUUAUGUGAAAAGCAUCUGCCCAUCCACAUAGAGCAGUGUUUCUUCAGUGCCCUGGGGUGAGUGUGCCUUCAUUAUGGGUGUACUUGGACUCCAUGUAUGGUUCUGUCUAGUUUUGCGACUAUGGUAUCUCUUACAGGAGGGAUUUUUAUUUUAAGUUGCUCUCACCAGAUGCUGAAAAGUGAGAUUUCAGUUCGACUCGCUUUACUGAAAAAUUAAAAGCUUCCCUCUCCCUCCUCCACCCCCACCAUCAAAAAUAAGAUGCAUCUUAUUGCAGUGAAAAUACAGGCAUCACUGUGGUACUGUUCAUUAUUCACUUGGUUUGCAAAUGAUCUAACUUUUUUUUGUCUGACACUGCCAUAAAGUGCUGUUAACUUUUUUCACCUGUUUGUACAAGACAAUAACAGAUACCGAUCACUGUGUGUGACAGGAUUCAACUGCUCCGCUUUGCCUUGACAAAAUUUUGGGACCAAAGGUACUUAAAACUGGGAUUUCCAAAUCAUGAGCCCAGGGUUGGGUGCAUUCUCUUGACAGUCAGCUGGAGAUUUUGUGGUGAUCUGAAACAAUCACAUUAAAUAAUUACACAUCUGGGAUUCUGUAUUGUUUGGAAAUAAUGGAGCCAUAUGAAAUAAAGGGUUGUUUUGCAAAAUUGCAUAUUUGAUAGUUUUUACACUUCUUUAAAAAAAACUCAAAACAACAAUUGGAAGAGCAAAUGGAAAAUGUACUCUGGUUUAUAAUGUCUGCAUACAUUAUGAAUGCUUCUGAGCAGCUCUACUUCUUCUGUAAAAACUGUAGACUACGUGGCUGUGAUACAAAAUAAGUCAUUGAAAGGAUUCUAUGCAUUUUAAAGUUAGACCUUUUAUUUUAUCAUGAGAUAAUGAAGUAAUUAUUCACUGAACAGCUCUCCUAUUAAAGUGAGUUAGUUCCUUAAAAUUACUCUACCAUGAUGUUCAUAUUGUAUGAUGAACAGGGUUUUUUUUUUUGUACCGGUUACUUUCACCUCCAAUUUUCUCCUUCCCUCCUGUGUUACCUGUGUUUUUGUUUCGUAUGAUAAAAUGGAUGCAGGAGCCUGGAGGGACUGUCAGUGGUUCUGCAGAGGGUUGGUCAUGUUUGGAAUUAUUUUGCUGAAUUUAUUUCAUUGGAUUUUUUAAUAAGAUCUUUUCAGCAGCCAAGAUGUCUUUCAGAAAUGUAGACAGAUACCAGAAGCAGCAUUUCUAUGUGAAGAUUAUUAGGUUUCUUUUCCCUCUUUUUUGUGUGUGUGGUUGAUUUUUUUUUCCCCAAGAUUAUUUCAUAUGCUUCUAAUCCUUAAUAGAUUAGAUGAUUUUCUUUGAUGGUUAUAUUUAUUGUGCUUAUAACUAAUAGAUACACACCCUUUAUUGUGCUUACCAUAAACACAACAAAUAGUAAAAUAACACUUUGGUUCACUACACAGCUGCAGUGUUAAUUUGUGAUAGAUAACAUUUUAUUAGAGCAUUCAUGAGGAAGGACACAGAGGCAAAUGUUUCUAUGCCAGAAGUGGUAAGGGCAGGAGUGGAGCAGUAGGGAAGAGAGGGGAAAGCAGCUUCUGCAGCCCUGCCCUCACUCACUCCAGCGCCCUCUGGAAGCUGUGCCGGCGCUGAGGUUGCAUAAUUUCUCUGCAAGUCACUGUGUAGCAAUGAAUCUUUUAAGUUUCUGAGUUGAGGGUGUGCCAAGAGCAGAACCUGAGACCCCAUCGACCCUGCAUUGGCAACACCCUAAAAUGAUGUGACUCCAACCUUGUUGUGAGCAAGUCCGUAAUUACUGUGAGAUACAUGUAUUUUUAAAGAGAGGUCUGUUUUUAAACAGCUCUAGCUAGGCAAAGCAAUAUCAAGUGGAACGGCACCAUUCAUUCUGUGGCCCUGGCAUCUCUCCCUAACAAUAGCUCUUAGCUCCAUGUCACCUUUUGUGUUAACUGCUGGUGUGCAAUACUGCAACGUGUAACAAAGGAAAAAGGAACUCCUUGGAGUAUCAUGAGACAUCUUGCACAAUUUCCAAAACAGCGCCAUGGUUGUAGUGACGUCUACCUCUUUGUUUCCCUUCUGGGUUUUGUCUUGUUUUUCUGUGUGGUGUUUUUCUGUGAGGGGUGGGGGGAAUCGGGAAUUGGGAAGGAAAACUUGAAAUCUUAAUAUUAAGACACUGGUGGAGGAUCCAGUGCUUACCAGCGGUGUUGUCAUAUUGAAAAAGCCAUUGUUUUUAAUUCCUGCCUAGUAUGAAAUGUUUGUUUUAAAAAAUCCUUCCUGCUGGAAAGAAAAAUGUAUUUUUAAAAAGAAAAAACAUCCCUCUUUUGGCUAUGAGAAUGUCAGCUGUAUGAGUUGUGACCAUAUCAUGACAUGCUGAUCAGAUAAAUAAAUUUUUAUCUCUCAGGA